CAUCACAACCUCAACUGCACAAUAACUACAAAAUUUCACGCAUUAUCAUGCAUCUCCUUCACUAAUUAUGCCUGCGAUCAUUCUCUCUGGUUGCCUCACACGCAUGCCCUCCCCAUUCUCUAUCUCACUUACUUACAUUCACCAAUUCUCUCCUCCUAUAAAUUGCAUUCUCGUUCUCACUACCAAACCAUGCCCAUCCUAGCCCUAUCUCCUGCUCUCUCAGAACCAUACCACAGCUCAUUGCUCUACCCAUCAAGUAAUAAGCCAAUCUCCUACUCACUCACUCUCUUUAUCUAUCUAUCUAUCUAGAAUCCAUGGCUGUAUCGGGUUUUGAAGGUUUUGAAAAACGUUUAGAACUCCAAUUCACAGGAGAUGAUCCAAAGACACUAAGAAACGGUUUCCGGAAUCUCAAUUUUCAGUCACUUGAAGAAAUCUUAGAUGCUGUUCAAUGUACCGUUGUUUCUGCAGUUGGCAACCGUUUUUUCGAUUCAUACGUUUUAUCGGAGUCAAGUCUUUUUGUUUAUCCGACAAAGAUCAUCAUCAAAACAUGUGGGACCACCCAAUUAUUGAAAUCUGUCCCUCUAUUUCUAUCUCACGCUCAUCAGAUGGGUCUCACUGUGAUAGGGUGUAGGUACACCCGCGGUAAUUUUAUUUUUCCCAAGAGUCAGCUUUUCCCUCACACUAGUUUUAGAGAGGAGAUUAUUUACUUGGAAAAUAAUUUACCUGCAAAUCUUUGCUUUAGAAAAGCUUCAAUUAUGCCUCCUCCGUCAAAGAAAACCAAGAAAUCUUCUUCUCAUUCAUGGCAUGUUUAUACGGCAAGUGAUGGUAUUGAUCAUGAUAACAUGAUGACCAUACAUGAGGAUGAUAUUGAUGAUGAUGAGGUGGUUACUGUAGAGGUUUGCAUGACCGAGCUUGACAGAGUUUUGACACGUAAGUUUUUCCGGCGACCCGGAGAUGAUAACUGUGGGGAAGUAGUUGGAAACGAGAUGACUGAAAUUACUGGUAUAAGAAAUAUUAAUCCGAAGUCAAUAAUUUGUGAUUUUGGGUUUGAUCCUUGUGGGUAUUCAAUGAAUGGUAUAGAUGGUGAAAAUUAUUCUACAAUUCAUGUCACACCUGAAGAUGGUUUUAGUUAUGCAAGCUUUGAAGGUAUUGGGUUACAAUCUCCAUCGUCCCGAAAGAAGUACAACGAUAGCUGUACAGAUAUUGGCAAUACUUUAAGGAAAGUGGUUCAAGUUUUCCGGCCAUCCACGAUGUCUGUAUCAAUAACAUCUACUUCAAAUAAGGUAACAAAGUCGUCCCAAGAUUUACUAUGGAGACAUGUUUCUGAUUCAGUUGAAUCACUUGGACUGAAUUGUACAACCUCUUCAUUCGACAAGUUCCCAGGUUUCGCUUCUGUUGUUUUUCAAACGUUUACGGCCUCGAGUCGUAAAUGAUUUCACCGUUAUAGUGUUUAACGUUUUAGCAGCCAUUGUGUGUGUUAGACAACAUAAAUUCUAUUUGUACGAUGAAUCAUGCAUGCAUGCAUGGGCACAGAUGUAGAGGAGCUGGAAAUAUAUAUGCAUGCAUGGAUCAUCAUACAUGAAUGUUCGAAUGGUAGGUGAAGUUAGUAGCAGAUAUACAUGGCAUAUGUGUGCUUAAACAAAUGCAUAUGUGGUCUCCUUGGAGAGAGAAGUAAUUGGGGCUCGGGAGAGAGUGAGAGAGAGGGGUAUUUGAUGGUGGGGAUGAUUUCGGUAAUGAUAUUGCACCCCACUUAGGUAAUGGCAUGCUUACGAAAUUUGAGUUGUUCCAUUGAGACUAGGAUUUUAUCGGUAAAUUAGCGUCUUCUUAUCUCUAAAUUUGUGUUCCAAAAUGGGUACAUUAUCACGAACAAAUCUUAAUACUUCGGAGAGAAAAGAAGAAGAAAAAAAACGAACAAAUCUCCGGCAUGUCUUCUCAAUGUCUUCGUCUUUGUAUUUUUCACUUGUCUAUCCAGAUAGUCAUCUGGCUUAACUGGGUUUUGCAAUGGCACAUAUUAACUAGCAGUGACAGAGAUGGGACCUUUGCAGUCCUGGGCCCAAGUCCAUUUUUUAUCCCGUUAGCCAUGAUUUGUAAAGGUAAGGCGAUACCAGGAGUUGAGGGGAUUCUAGUACAUACAAAGCAAAGUAAUCUUGACAGUUGAAUAUAUGGAUUAGUAUAUAUAUAGUAUCAAUCCCACUAGUAUAUAUGGAUUAGUAUAAAGCUGUUUGGAAUUGUAUUCCUGCUAGCAUUUGUUGGAAUGUUUGGUUAGAACGUAAUGCUCGUUGCUUCAGUGAUAAAAGAAGAGUUGUAGAUGCUGUGAUUACUGAAAUUAAAGUCAUCUCCUAUCAUUGGGCUUCGACCG